ACGAAUCUAAAGUUAGAUUUUCAAAAUUUAAAAUGGCGGCUCCAAUAUGGCGGACGAUAUCGACCCUUCAAAGGUGAUAAUUCCGCCCUUACACACGAAACUAGGAGCAAUUAAACAGUUUGUCAAAGCCUUAGAUAAAAAAGGAAACUGUUUCAAAUACCUGGAACAAAAGUUUCCAGAAAUCUCUGAUGCGAAACUAAAAGAAGGGGUUUUCGAUGGACCACGUAUUCGCAAAUUGUUAAAAGAUGAGCAAUUUAUCACCAAGAUGAAUAAAAAGGAGAAAGCCGCAUGGCUUAGUUUUAAAGCAGUUGUCGAAAAUUUUCUGGGUAAUCACAAGAGUGAAAAUUGGGAGCAAAUAGUUAGUGAUAUGAUUAAAACCUUUGGUAAGUUAGGAUGCUUAAUGAGCAUAAAGUUGCAUUACUUAGACUCGCAUCGGGAUCAAUUCCCUGAAAAUUUGGGAGAUUACAGUGAAGAACAAGGAGAACGAUUCCAUCAAGAUCUGAAAGAAUUUGAGCGUCGUUAUCAAGGAAGAUGGGAUGUAAAUAUGAUGGCCGACUACUCUUGGAUGCUGAAAAGGGAUAUUGUACCUGGAGGCACCAAUUUGAAAAGAAAACCAUUACACAAAUCCUUUGAGGACAAAAGAGUGCGCUACCAUAAAAAGACGUGAAUACCUUACUUAUGUAUAUAAGAAUUUUCAUUUCUAGUUUUGAAAAUCUAACUUCAGAUUCGUAAUCAGCGACCCAAAAAACCCCUAGAUACCAAGUUUGAAGUAAAUCCAUCAAUUUUUACAAAAUUCGUCCGCCAUAUUGGAGCCGCCAUUUUGAAUUUUGAAAAUCUAACUUCAAAUUCGUCAUCAG